CAAGUGCAACAUAACACAAAACGAUACAUUGGAGAGACAAUGCUGAUGCGAUUUCAUUUAAUACUGCUUUGUUUGUGGAUGAACAAAGGUUUUAUGAGCUGCAUGGAUAGUCAGAUACCCUCUGAGUUGCAUAUUGUUGCAUUGGGGGACUCCCUCACACUAAACUGUGCUUACAACUGCUCCACUGGGUUUGUUCGGGGCUGUUGGAAGAAAGAGCCCGUCUCCUCCGCCUGCUUGGGAGAAAGACGCAACGACAAUGGCGAAUUUUGCACAGUACAUUUUCAUGUGUCCAAUGUUUCCGCUGAAGAUCUCAAGUACAACUACUACUGCUACACAGAAGCAACAGAUCACCCCAAACUUAACCAGAAAACAGAGCGUGUUGUGCAUCUAAAAGCUCAGACAACCCUCAAACCCUGGACAGUCACCCCAAAUACUAAAGAAGGGGAAUUUACAGAAAUCCAAGUUUUGGCAACCUUUUCACUGGCGGUUGCUGUGGCGCUGAUUGCACUGGUGGUUUAUAUAUGUGUGAACCACAAGAGAUGCAGCGGGAAUGGUAAAGGGGAUGAUGCUGCGUCCAGAUCAGGCUCACCACUGCAUUCCCGAGUUGUCGGCUCACCAGUGAAUGAGUCCUCACAAAAUGAACGGCUGACUGUGAGGGGUCCUAACUCAGAUGCAGAUAAUGAGAGUCAAACUGAGUUUCCAUAUGCUGACAUAAUGAUUACCAUCAGAGGUGUCAGUACACCGGAGCUCACUCAGGUCAGCUACUUGACGACAGAAGAACCACAGCAGUGGCGAGGUUGCAAACCAAGGUGUCAGUGGCAGGCCUCGCGCUCGGCCGACAGGCUUCACCUGCCGCAGCCCAAAGAGGUCAGCCGCAAGAUGAGCACCAAUUCCGAGUACGCGGUCAUCACGUACGCCUGAAAGAGAGACAAGAACAUGACUGCUCCUGCCUGACAACUUUGACUCCUCAACAAGAUGAAGAAAAGAUGGACGGACAGAUCAGAUGUAUAAACAUACAGCCACUAAAUGUCAUGGUGUUAAAGAACAUCACGUUUAUACCUGCACAAUUCAGAAAAGGUGUAGAAAGGAACAGAUGUUACUUAACUUCUUCAUGUCCAAUGUCUCAGAAAUGAUGAAUAAUCACUUUCACUUUAAUCACCUUAAUCACUAGUAGUAAUAGUUUCCCCUCUUUGUCUAACAUGUGCCAGGUGACCAUUUUCUUAUAGGGAAAGAAAAUUAUUAAGAAUAUUUAAUAGU